GUGUUAUAUUACAGGGACAAAGGGAAACACAAAGCAUUGUCCUCGAGAAUAUAGUAAAACAAGAGGGCAUGCUCUGCCCGUCACCAGGAGACUGCAGGGAUUUCCAACGGUGAAGGGAGGUUAUAUGGUGUGACUGGAAGCAAUGAAACACACGAAGGAUGCGAUGUUGAGCAGGGGAUGCUGGCUGAUCAGUGGGGCAUGUCUGAUGGAGUCCAUGCUGAAGCUGGGGAUGCAUGAAAGAUCAGUGAGGCGUAUCAGUGUGGAGGAAGGGAGUGGAGGGGAAGGUUGCCAAGGGUAUAGGGGACCCAUGAGGCUGACUAAGUUGUACACGAGUGAGUAGCCACAGGGGUCCAGGGGAGUGAAGAAAGCAUAUUUACAUGAAGAUGGACAAGCACGGAAGAGCAGCCGCAGACAGAGGGGGUGGACUGGUGCUGAAAAGUGUCAAGAAAACACCAGAUCCAACACAGAGUUUAAUCAAGGAGGCACCUCCAGAUUUUGCCUCACGUUUUUGCCAAAGUCCAAAUUACCAUGGCAUACUGGACUCAAUACUGCGCCGCAGUCUGUAUUAGCUGGCCGUAGUUGACAGCAGUACACCUCUUCUUUUCAAGCGCCAGUGUUGAGGCAUCUGCGGUGUGUCUUAUGACUAACUGAUACCCAUGUGAUCACUACAACUGGAUUUUUCAGUAAAAAAAAGGCCAGUCAAGUGUUGAAGAGCUGUUUGAAAUUCUGCGCACUCCCAGAGGAGAGCAGUGAUGCUACUCCGUGGGUUAUUGGUCCUUACGAUUGCUUUUCCUCUGUACUUUGGAGCAAGUCAUGGAUCAGGGGAGCCUCGCGUUGAUGAUCUGACUGAUCGCCCUCUGGCUGAGAGAGAGGUGUCCCCGCAGGACCCAGUGAGGGCCGACAUCCUGUGCCAGGCUAGAUGCAUGGCUGAAUGUCACAAUAACAGCAUGAUGGCAACCAGAGGUUGUGAUCAUAUGUGCAACUAUUUCAACAGAACGUGGCUGACAGAAAUAUGUACGACAGCAGCCUGCCGAGCGUCAUGUGACAACUUAACACAAGGGACAGACGAAGGUUUGCCGAUGGAGAAACCAUUACUUGAUGAUGUAAUGCUAGCCGACAAUAACCUGGUGCUGAGAUGGUGGCCGGCCCCUUGUAUAAAUGAUUGUCACCGUCAGCGUCACGGCUUUGUGAGCGUUGUACGCUACAGUGACGGCUUGGAGGAGUGGAGUUAUGCAAUACAGACGGUUAAUCAGACAUUAUCAAUGGAUCUGGAAAGGGUGUGUGCCAAAUUCUUCCAGGUUGUGUUUGUCAACCAGUUUGGAGCAAGUCCUUCUAGCGAAAUGAAAACCCUUGAUCCUAUCCAAGUCAUCAAGGGCAACAAUGUCACAGCGAGGGUUGAUCCACUUACGUCCGUCCAGAACUCUCUUACCCUCAAGUUGUCUUGGGAGGUUGUUUCAGGGUGGAUACCCAGUAUUAAUUACUACUUGGACCCACUGAGUGCCCCACAGUGCAAAGUACCAGCAUUUGAUCCUAAUCUCGAACACCCAGUACAUCGUCAAAAUAUUACAAAUAGACAAGUGACGAUCAUGGGUAACGAGCUGGCCCGAGGCAACUGUGACGUUACAUAUGAGGUUCAAGGAACUUUUGGAGCCUGCUAUGAUAUUAAACCAGUGACUUUCAAGUAUGCAUUUGUUUGCGAUUACAUUCUUCGAAAUAUGGCACAGUACUGCGCAGCUCCGUCUCCUAAAAUGUGCACGGUUGAUGUGAAGACCAUCAACGUGACCGACUAUCGUCAGAACAUGUCUGCUUACAUCCAGUGGCCACCUGUGGAAUCUCUCCCAGGCGUGUAUGGCUACAUUGUCCAGUGGGGCAAGUUUGUGCCAGCCGAUCUUUUGCCGAACCUGGAGUCUGGCACCAUCCAAGAAAUCAACAUUCCUGGAGUGGAGAACAGUUAUGCCUGGCUGACGGGCUUUAAUGAGACAGACAUUACAUAUGGAGUUAAGGUUGCAGUGAAUAGGAGUGGACCCAGUACCAACUUAAACAUGGUGCCCAUCAAACCGUUUGAAUUCACAGCUGUCGAGUCGACCGCUUCUGGCCCCCAGAGUGCCUUACCACUGCGCAGCACCCAGCUACCCAAGGUGUUUCCAAUCAUGACCUUCCUGGUCCUUGUGCCAGUUCUCCUUGUCGUCGCCGCGGUCGUGUUUGUCUGGACCCUAUGCGUGUAUCGCCGUCGGCUAAUGGAGUCCCGUUUGUCCAAGAGGAGGCUCCGUAGAGACGAGGAGAGCAUGCACAACGUGUACUCCAUAACGCCGGCCGCUGACAGCCCAGACACUCCCAUACCAGACCGUUGGGAGAUGCCGUUUGAGCGACUUGAGAUGGGGGAGGUACUUGGCAAAGGCCAGUUUGGUGUCGUGAUGAAGGCCUUCAUAGCUGGCAAGCUGUCCACACACUACACGUCGGGUUCCAGUCUCUUCAGAGACUCCAUCAAAAGAUAUGACGUUCACGUCGCUGUCAAGAUGCUGCAUGGGGAUGCCGAGGAGAUACAAAGGCAGGAAUUCCGUCGUGAGAUGAAACUGAUGAAGGACAUAGGCCGUCACAGCAAUCUGGUCAGUCUGCUGGGCUGCUGCAGCACCGAUGCUGCGCCCCUCUGUCUCAUUGUGGAGCACUGUUGCCAUGGCGACCUGCUCCGGUACCUGAGAGCCAACCGGGGAGUUAUGAUACGGAAUGAAAAAAGCGAGAAACCGGAUGGAACUGAGUCUGAUUCCUUGAUGCCCAAUGAUCUGUUAUCCUUUGCACGCCAGAUUGCACGAGGCAUGGAGUACCUUUCCCAGAAAGGUUUUGUGCACCGUGACCUGGCAGCAAGGAAUGUCAUGGUGGCCGAAGACAAGACGGUCAAGAUCGGUGACUUUGGGCUGACCAGAUAUGUCUACGAUGAUAACAUCUAUGUGCACCGGAGAGGGGGCAAGCUACCCAUCAAAUGGAUGUCAGUCGAGGCCCUCUAUGACCAAGUCUUCACCACAUGCAAUGACGUGUGGUCCUUUGGUGUGCUGCUGUUUGAGCUGGUGACCCUUGGUGCCUCCCCUUACCCCGGCAUUCACAACAAAGACAUCCCGACCAUGCUGAAGAGAGGGGAUCGCAUGCAGAGACCGGAAAACUGCUCCGAAGUUCUCUAUGCCAUCAUGAUCGCUUGCUGGCAUCCGUGCCCAGAGGAACGCCCUACCUUCACCCAUCUACGCAACAAGCUGGAAGCCCUACUGGAGGAAGACACCCCUUACUUGGACUUCUGCCAGAACUACAGCCACUUCCCGUUCUUUGAGAUAUCGGAGGAUUUGGAGUCUGAUGAGGAAGAAGACGCUGAAGGUGGAGACAGGGUGAAAGAGUCCGAAACCAGACCCGACGAUAUCCCCAUGGUGAGUAUAGAAGGCAGCGAUGAUGACAGAGGGAUGCUGGUCGGAAGUCUGUCUACAGAGGACGUGUUUAUUGAGCUAGAGUGCCAUCAUCCCAUGCUGGAUGUUGACAAGAGAGACCAGACGAGGAGUUCAUGGGGAGAAGUCAAAGACUCCAGGCUGGAGUUGCAGAAGAGAGAUUCUGGCCUAGGAAGUGAUUACCAGUAUGUCAAUCGACAUACUAACAUGGAGGACGUCCCUCUCAUGUAGAGAUAGCAUAGCCCAAAAUGCGACAUAUAUGCCAGUUAAUGGUAAUUUGUGAAUUUAAAUUGUAUAAUGAAAAAAUGGCAGUUGAAAAUUGCAAUUAUGGUUAAACCACUUAACAUCGCUUUAAUAGUAUAUGUGACAUUAUAAUGUUUUUCGUCUGUGAUGACUUAUUUCCUCUUGUGACCUGCUUUCUGUGAGUUUUGACCUCUUCUACAAAUCGCAGAAUUAAAAGCGAAAAAAAAGAGGUCAUUUAUUGUGAGACUUGUAUCAAUUUAAAGCAGAGUCCAAGUUGUGAGUCUUGAUUUAAAAGCCGUUCACGCUUUUUGUGUUAAAAGUUAAAAGUAGUCCAAAGGUAACUUGCACAGUGUUAUUUGUCUCCAAGACUACACAUUAAUCUUUCAGGACGCCACAUAGUCUGCAACAUUAAUGUGCACAUUAGCUGCACAACAUACGAGCUAGUCCAAGAUCGAUCGAUAUGUAAGAUGGAUAUGUUUUAGAUGGAUGAUUUUUAAUGCUGUUUACCACUAAAAGUGUUCAUCACUGCCAGUAUCAUCCUAUUGCAGAUAUUUGUAACAUGCUGAUAAAUCUGUACCUAAUCUCCUCCAGUUUGGUUAUACCAUCUUGUUAUUCUGAUGACUUUCUUUUUCAUUCCCCGUUUUGUCCCAAUUUUACCCAAAAAUUGUACCCUUGGGCAUUUUCCCGUCUGCCUUCUUGCAGCUAGUACGCAGACCACUUUUAGCUGGUAUAAUCUCACCGUUAAGUCAGCCAGUGCAAUUAAUACCAAUUAUGCUGAAACUGACAAUUUGACACCUUAAAUUGGUUCCACUACCAAUCCUGCCAAAUCCCCUCUCCCCAAAUUUCCCGUUUAUCCAGAACUUGUUAGUCCUACAUGUUCUGUGGCGCCACUUUAGUUGUAAAUUUAUAUGCGAGCUGGGAAAUUGAUAUAGAUUGGUCCGCCUCUGAGUCUGGUUUCCCGAUUCCCCAAGAGGCUCAAAUCGGAAUGCUUUGAUACCUCUAGUUUGACACAUUUAUUUGAAAGUAAAGCAAAUUGUGUAAAUGAAUGGAAAUUAAGUUGUUACCAUGAUCCAGAAAGAGUUGAACCCGAAUUCUUAUGUGCAAAUAUUUGUCCAAGCAUCCACCCACUAUGAUCAAAAAACGGUGAAAGAAGUGGCAUAUACAGGAUCUUACUUAUCCUCCUGGCAAAUGUUGCCAACGGUUUAUUCGGUCACUGAUGAGAAGCAUGCAGGUGUGAAAACGGAUCACGCGAUUGGAGGCAUAUGUUACAAGAUGUGAUGUAAGCCUCUAAUUAACCUGUAUUUGACACUACCCCCCCCCCCCCUUUUUGUAGAUUUUAUCUUUUCUUAUUAGCUAAUAGCAAAGGAUAUUUUUUAAGAAAGUAUAAACCAAUUCCUGAACUCAUCUCACACAUUUAAGAUAUGGUUAGUGACUGAACUUGUGUGAUUUUUUUUAGUUGAAUACUUGAAACUGUUCUCUUUGCAUUAUGAUUGCAGUAAAAUAUGUUGCUUAAGGACACAUGCAACACGACAUUAUCUGGAUUCGAGUCACUGAUCAAACGGUCCGCGAUCGAAACCAACUUGUGGGAAAAGUGGUUAAUAUUGCCAGGCCAGACGCUAAAACUGUACCAGAACCACACCACGACAGCAGUACUAAGCCGUCUUUCCCUUUUUAAUUUCCAAUGGGAUUUAGAGCUCAGUUCCUCGACUGCGGUUCAUGGAAACGUCUCCUUCUUUAAGAGAAGAGAGACUCCUUAAAAAAAAUUGCACCUUCCGUCCAACCUGUACUGCACUGGUCUGUAACUCGUUGAUACACCCAAAGUCUUAUUCUUCUCGUGGACUGGCGUCCGUCCAAUUAACCACGUCAUUGCUACACGUACGUGUGAUAGAUAACUUUUCUUAUGGUCUGAAACGCAUCCCCGUUCGGUUUUUAAUAAGAUUAGGCAAGUUAAUCCUACUGCAGUAAGGUGCCGUCCGUCUUCAUUAGUACAUGCACGAUAUUAUGGAGACAGUUGCCGUAGAUUUAAUGAGUCACAACUGUGCAAACACAGGAUGUUUUGAAUAAAUUCGAUCUUUGGGGAAAGAGGGGGACUAUUCUUGUGUUUGUUUAUUCACACCUUGAGCCACAAGCCUAUAUGGGAAAUGUUCAAUUUUAUUUUUAAAUAACCCAUAAAUCUGUCAUCAUAAUGCAAUCUGUCAGCUGAAGUAGAUCAGUAAGUGAUUUUAAAUAGAGAUCAAUGAUUUAUUAUAAGUAUUAUACUUAUAUUUUGUAAAUUGAAUAUUCAGUAUUUCUAGUAAUAUUUCUUCAAAACGGAACCUGAUUUAAUUUUGGUGUUUUUGGCAAUGAUUAGACCUCUUCUACCAGGGAAUUAUUAUUUACCCACCCCCUUAAAAGGCGUAUAGCCUGCGGCUGGUGAAUAAUUUCCGAGAAUUUGCCUAACUGUUUUCCUGAUUCCUCAAAGGAAAGAAAAUCCGCAAAUUUACUUUCCUGAAAUAAUUAGCCAUCGCAAAAUUUUCUAAUCAGAAUCGAACCUGAGAUAGAGACGCUUUUAACAUCUUCUUUAACAAUUUCACAUUUCCGAAAUAUAAAGAUGUAAAUAAGUAUUUUUUUAAAAAGUUACUAUAAUUUGCCGCUUUAUAAUAAGCCGCUUAUUGUAAAUUUCACGUUACGCGGAAAUCAUUCCGGAAUUUAUUUUUAACAAGACCAUUGUGAUUUUAUUCUGUUGUGCUGGUCAUAACAAUUACAAUAAAAUUAAUGCAUGUUUGGUUGUGUAAAGGCCCAGUAAAUCAAAUGGAGGUAUUAUAGAUAACAUUAUUAAAGUACUAGUUUGUGAGAUCAGUAUAACUUUUGUAAUUAUAACUGUAUAAAUUGUAAUGUAUUUAUGAAUAUAAAUAUUUAUUGUGUCUAAUAA